GGAAGCGGCGGCGGGCCUAGCAGCUCGGGAACCGGCAGCACGCGCAUGCGCGCGCCCCUGGGGCGCCUGCGGGAGGGGGAGGGACGGGAGGUAGGGGCGCGGCCCCGCGAGCCUGUUGGGUGCCCGCGCGUCACGUGGUGAGGAAGGAGGCGGAGAUCCGUGACUCGGGGGAGGGGGGUUGAGAAGAGGGAAGGAGCGAGGGAAGGAAAGCGGGGAAGGGAGGAAGGAAGCAAGUGAGGGGAGGGAGGUCCCUGUUUUGGUGGAGCUGGGAGCGUUGCCGGCCCCUGAAGUGGAGCGAGAGGGAGGUGCUUCGCCGUUUCUCCUGCCGGGGGAGGUCCCUGCUUCCCGUGGAGGCUCCGGACCAAGCCCCUUCAGCUUCUCCCUCCGGAUCGAUGUGCUGCUGUUAACCCGUGWGGAGGCGGCGGCGGCGGCAGCGGAAGAUGGUGUUGCUGAGAGUGUCAAUUCUGCUCCUCUCUUGGGUGGCGGGGCUGGGAGGUCAGUAUGGAAAUCCUCUAAAUAAAUAUAUUAGACAUUAUGAAGGAUUAUCUUACAACGUGGAUUCAUUACACCAAAAACACCAGCGUGCCAAAAGAGCAGUCUCACAUGAGGACCAGUUUUUACGUCUAGAUUUCCAUGCCCAUGGAAGACAUUUCAACCUACGAAUGAAGAGGGAUACUUCCCUUUUUAGUGAUGAAUUUAAAGUAGAAACAUCAAAUAAAGUACUUGAUUAUGAUACCUCUCAUAUUUACACUGGACAUAUUUAUGGUGAAGAAGGAAGUUUUAGCCAUGGGUCUGUUAUUGAUGGAAGAUUUGAAGGAUUCAUCCAGACUCGUGGUGGAACAUUUUAUGUUGAGCCAGCAGAGAGAUAUAUUAAAGACCGAGUUCUCCCAUUUCACUCUGUCAUUUAUCAUGAAGAUGAUAUUAAUUAUCCCCAUAAGUAUGGUCCACAGGGGGGCUGUGCAGAUCAUUCAGUAUUUGAAAGGAUGAAGAAGUACCAGAUGACUGGCGUAGAGGAAGUAACACAGACGCCUCAAGAAGAACAUGCUGCUAAUGGUCCAGAACUCCUGAGGAAAAAACGUACAACUUCAGCUGAAAGAAAUACUUGUCAGCUUUAUAUUCAAACUGAUCAUCUUUUCUUUAAAUAUUAUGGAACACGAGAAGCUGUGAUUGCCCAGAUAUCCAGUCAUGUUAAAGCGAUUGAUACAAUUUACCAGACCACAGACUUCUCUGGGAUCCGUAACAUCAGUUUCAUGGUGAAACGCAUAAGAAUCAAUACAACCGCUGAUGAAAAGGACUCUACAAAUCCUUUCCGUUUUCCAAAUAUUGGUGUAGAGAAGUUUCUGGAAUUGAAUUCUGAGCAGAAUCAUGAUGACUACUGUUUAGCCUAUGUCUUCACAGACCGAGAUUUUGAUGAUGGUGUUCUUGGUCUAGCUUGGGUUGGAGCACCUUCAGGAAGCUCUGGAGGAAUAUGUGAAAAAAGUAAGCUGUAUUCAGAUGGUAAGAAGAAAUCCUUAAACACUGGAAUUAUUACUGUUCAAAACUAUGGGUCCCAUGUACCUCCCAAAGUCUCUCAUAUUACUUUUGCUCAUGAAGUUGGACAUAACUUUGGAUCCCCACAUGAUUCUGGAACAGAGUGCACACCAGGAGAAUCUAAGAAUUUAGGACAAAAAGAAAAUGGCAAUUACAUCAUGUAUGCAAGAGCAACAUCUGGGGACAAACUUAACAACAAUAAAUUCUCACUCUGUAGCAUUAGAAAUAUAAGCCAAGUUCUUGAGAAGAAGAGAAACAACUGUUUUGUUGAAUCUGGCCAACCUAUAUGUGGAAAUGGAAUGGUAGAGCAAGGUGAAGAAUGCGAUUGUGGCUAUAGUGAUCAGUGUAAAGAUGAGUGUUGCUUUGAUGCAAACCAGCCAGAGGGGAAAAAAUGCAAACUAAAACCUGGAAAACACUGCAGUCCAAGUCAAGGUCCCUGUUGUACAGCACAGUGUACAUUUAAGUCAAAGUCUGAGAAGUGUCGUGAUGAUUCAGACUGUGCGAAAGAAGGGAUAUGUAAUGGUGGCACAGCUCUCUGCCCAGCAUCUGAUCCUAAACCAAACUUCACAGACUGUAAUAGGCAUACACAAGUGUGUAUUAAUGGGCAAUGUGCAGGUUCUAUCUGUGAGAAAUAUGGCUUGGAGGAAUGUACUUGUGCCAGUUCUGAUGGCAAAGAUGAUAAGGAAUUAUGUCAUGUCUGCUGUAUGAAGAAAAUGGAUCCAUCAACUUGUGCCAGCACAGGGUCUAUACAGUGGAGCAAGCAGUUCAAUGGUCGAACCAUCACUCUGCAACCUGGAUCCCCUUGCAAUGAUUUUAGAGGCUACUGUGAUGUUUUCAUGCGGUGCAGAUUAGUAGAUGCUGAUGGUCCUCUAGCUAGGCUUAAAAAAGCAAUUUUUAGUCCAGAGCUUUAUGAAAACAUUGCUGAGUGGAUUGUGGCUCAUUGGUGGGCAGUAUUACUCAUGGGAAUUGCCUUGAUUAUGUUAAUGGCUGGAUUUAUCAAGAUAUGCAGUGUUCAUACUCCAAGUAGUAAUCCAAAGUUGCCUCCUCCUAAACCACUACCAGGCACUUUAAAGAGGAGGAGACCUCCACAGCCCAUUCAGCAACCCCAGCGUCAGAGGCCCCGGGAGAGUUAUCAAAUGGGACACAUGAGACGUUAAUUGCAGCUUUUGCCUUGGUUCUUCCUAGUGCCUACAAUGGGAAAACUUCACUCCAAAGAGAAACCUAUUAAGUCAUCAUCUCCAGACUAAACCCUCAAAUAAUAGUAGAAGAAAAAUGGCAAGAGAUCAUGUCCUCAGACCAGGUGGAACUACUUAAAAUUUAAAGCCUGAAAAUACCAAUUUGGGGGGGUGGGGUGGAAAAGAAACCCAAUUUUCUUAUGGACAGAUAUUUUUAACCUAAUGGCACAAAGUCUUAGAAAAUUAUUAUGUGCCCCGUGUUCCCUGUUCUUCGUUGCUGCAUUUUCUUCACUUGCAGUCAAACUUGGCUCUCAAUAAACUUCACAAAUUGACAUAUAUAUUUUUUUCAACUGCCAAUCAAGGCUUAGAGGCUCGACCACCUCAACAUUGGAGACAUCACUUGCCAAUGUAUAUACCUUGUUAUAUGCAGACAUGUAUUUCUUAUGUACACUGUACUUCUGUGUGCAAUUGUAAACAGAAAUUGCAAUAUGGAUGUUUCUUUGUAUUAUAAAAUUUUUCCGCUCUUAAUGAAAAAUUACUGUUUAAUUGACAUACUCAGGAUAACAGAGAAUGGUGGUAUUCAGUGGUCCAGGAUUCUGUAAUGCUUUACAUAGGCAGUUUUGAAACAAGAAUCCAUUUACUCUUUUAUUAUGAUAGAGUUGGUUCUUAGAUUCAUUUUUUCUUUAUCAAAUGGCUGCUAUGAGCAUGAGUGACUAUGCUGAGGAACACAGUUUAAGUGUUGUGCAAACUGGACAUAAGCAGCAUACUACUUUAGAGUUAGUUCUUUGUGUAAGUGUCUAGUUUCUGCUUACAUAUUUUAAAUUUUCUAAUUCAAUUCCAUUUUUUAAUUGAUAGGUAAAAUUUGAUUCAUACUUUGGUAGGAAUUAUGUCAGUGAAAUGAUUCUUUUUAUUUGUAGCCUACUUUUGUGUUUUUCAUAUAUUUUAAGUAUGCUAAUUAUGUUUUUGUCUGAUAUGAAAAAGAAAAGCUGUCUUUAUUGAAAUAUUUGAAGUUUUUUCAGCAUAUCAUCACUGAUCAUAGAUAACCACUAAAGAUGAGUAGUUUGCUCAGCUAGUAGUUAAAAUUGUAGAUAGGCCUUCUGACAUUUUUUUUCCCUAAAAUAUUUUAACAGUGAAGGUGAAACAGCACAAUGUCCCAUUCCAAAUUUAUUUUUUAAGCAGAUGUAAAUAAUUGGCGUUUUUAAAGAAAGAGAAAACAAAAACAUUUAAUGUAUUAACAGGCUUAUUGCUAUGCAGAAAAUGGAAAGGGGCAUUACAAAAAAGUUUAAGCUUGUGACAUAUUUAUUGCUUCUGUUUCCCAACUACAUCACUUAAAUUAGAAGUAAAUAUCUAUGAUUUUCCUGGCUUCACAUAGAGGCAACUUUAGGGAAGGUUGAACAGAUUUCUGUGGUUUGGCUUUUUUUUUUUUUUCCUUUUUUCUUAAGAGUAUAAGGUUUACACAAUCAUUCUCAUAAUGUGACGCAAGCCAGCAAGGCCAAAAAUGCUAGAGAAAAUAAUGGGAUCUCUUCCUUGUAAACUUGUACAGUAUGUGGUGACUUUUUUCAAAAUACAGCUUUUUGUACAUGAUUUAGAGACAAAUUUUGUACAUGAAACCCCAGAUAGACUAUAAAUAAUUCUAAGCAAACAAGUAGGUAGAUAUGUAAGAAAUUGCUUUUAAAUCAUUUAAAUGCCUUUGUUUUUUGAACUGUGCAAAGGUUGGAAGUGGGUUUGCAUUUCUAAAAUGGUGACUUUUUUUCUGCAAGAGUUCUUAGUAACUUCUUGAGUGUGGUAGACUUUGGAACAUGUAAAUUUUUUGCUUGUAAUGUUAUCCUGUGGUAGGGUUUUGGCAGGUUCACACUGCCAUAUUUUAUUUUGAGUCUUAAGUUAAAAUGUUUUCUGAAAAGAUACGUGCACUGAACUCUUUCCACUGCAAAUCAAGAUGUGGUAAAAAUGAAAAGAUCAAGAAAAUGAGAUCUAAUACUACUGUCAGUUUAAUGUCCACUGUGUUUUAUACAGUAUCUUUUUUGUUCACUUUGGAAAUUUUUACUAAAAAUUGCAAAAAAUAAAGUAUUGUGCAAAGAUGUAAGGUUUUUUGAAACUUGAAAUGCAUUAAUAAAUAGACUUGAUGAAAUCAGCUUGAAGGUUCUAUACUCUUUGAAUUCUGAGAACUAUCAAAAAAGCUUUUCACAGGCAGUUUUUCCUUACUAAAUGAAAGGAAUUGUUAAGCAGAAAGAAGUUAAUUUCUUUCCACAUAAGCAGAAGUUAUCUUUAUUCCUAGUUUGGAGUCCAUGUAGAAAAUAUCCAAUUAGAUAUCUUUCUAUUUACACAUAAUGAACAUUUUAAAGACACCUAAUCUCAACUACUUUUCACUGUUUCUAAUCAAUAUUCAGUGCUUAUCUUGGAGGAAGAGCUGAGUGUUGUGRUCUUAUUUAUGUGUGUUUUUCAAAGUUCUGAAUGCUAAGUARUUCAUUUAUUUUAAAAGUCUAGUUUAAUGAUAACUAUAUCUGAAACUUUAGCCAACAUGUUCCUGUUGUCAGGUUCAUCACAAAUAAAAAAUUGAAAUUUUCAUGUUUUCUAGAAAAGAAAUUUUGACUGGAUGUGGUGGUGCCCAUCUGUGAUCCGAGCAAAGAAGGACUGAGACAGGAGUAUCACAAGUUAGAGGCCAACCUCACAACUUAGCAAGACUCUGUCUCAAAAUAAAAAA